AUGCAAAUCUACCUUAUCUACUACUCGAUCGCUCGCUACCUCGGCUCAACCGCAGACGCCAAAACUGCAAAGCUCGACCUGUCCGCAGGAUCCGCCAUAAUCUCCCUUGUGAUGUUCAUCCCCGGAGUGACAUUAGGACUAUUGAUCUUCAUCGUCUUCGGCACAACAGGUCCCUUCCGUCGUGACUACGCCCGCUGGGCCCGUUUCAUCGUCUCCACCUGUCUAGGCCGCCGCAGCAGCAGGAACUCUCUCGCCUCUGGAUCCCUGCAUCGUACUGAGAGUGUAGUACGCUUGACAAAUCUAGAUCGAAAGACCAGCCAAAAUGGUGGCAACGAAGAGACGGGAUUGGGUGUUAAGGGCCCUGAUGGCGAGUAUAGAGUUUCUGUUACGCCGCUUGCUGGAGAAGACAGUGAUUAUGAAGAAAGGCAGUUGGGAAUGGGGAUUAUGAUGACGAGGAGCGUCAAACAGAGUGAUGAGAGAUAA